GAAAGCCAUAACUUUGAUUUCAAGUUAGUUGACUUAAAAUAGUCUAUGUCACGAUUGUUUGCUUGGCAUUUUGUUUCAGACAAGAAGUCAAUUGAAAACUAGUGUUGUCAAAACACUUUUUCAUCGUGAAGCAUUGCUGGUUGUUUACCAUUUUUCAAUCGGCAUGUAAAUAAAGUAAUUGUGUUUUGAAACUUUCCAAGUGCCAACAAUAAUAAGUUCCCUUGGUAUUUUUUCUUCUACUUCAUUAUGGACAGUGAAAGUGAUUAUGAGGAUUUUGAUAUAGACUCGGGAAUGUGUCCAUGUGAGUUUUGUGAACAGCUUUAUCCAUAUGAAUUAUUAAUGGAACACCAGUCAGCAUGUCGACCGGAUUUGCUUCAUUAUUCUCCAGAAGGUCAACAUUUAAACAAUCCUUUUGAACAAAGUAUUGUAGAAAGACAGAGUGUUUCUCUUGACAUUGAAAAAAACAAAGAUGAGACUAUUGUAAAUACUGUGACUGUGGCAGAGAAGGAAAAAUCAUCUGUUGUGUUGCCAAAUGUACAGAAAAAAAACAUCCGAUUAGCUGAGUCUAUUAAACCAGAUGCAAAAAAGGAAAAGCUGCAUCCGUUAAGAAGUUCAGACGAUCAGUUACAGAACAAUGAAAUUAUGGCUUUCGGUACUAAGAAAGCAAAGGAGAAAAUCACUAAUUCUGAAAAACUGACCUUCAAAAAGCCUUCCCUUCCACUAUUAAAUUAUAUUAAUAAUGGUGCAAAAGACUCCUGUUGUAUUUUGGCAGAAGAUGACUGUGAAAGUUUAGAAGAAUUCUGGAAACGUUGUGAUAUUGCUUUGAAACAGCGCAAAAACAAAAUUAAAAACAAUAUUUAAAAUUUUGAUAUUGAUAUUUUUUAUUGUUUAAGUAUAUUUGGUUUUAUAAAUCUGAACAUAUAAUCACCAAAUGAUUUUUCUUUAAGAAGUGUACAAACAGUUAAUGUAAAUUAUAUUUAACAAUAUGUUGUGUGUUAAAAUUUCCAAUUUUUAUGUCAGGCAAAACAUAUAUAAAACUUACAGCUACCAUCUAAAGCGUUCAUACAAAUUCAAGAUUUCAUAUAUUUUUCCUGUAUUAAACCGUUUAACUUUGAUUGUUAUGUCUCUUGUACAUAUGUUUCUUAAACCAAACAAUAAAACUCCACACAAUCUCAUUCAUCUUUUUAAUUAAUUACAAAAAUGGCAACGUGAUUGUGUCACAUACAAUUGUAUUUGCACUUGUCCAACAUUACAGAUGGUACGAUUGAUUUACACUGAACUUGUACAACACUGAAGAAAUCAGAAAUGACAUCCAGGGCAAGGGAAGGAAUUGAACCCUCCACCUCUUCUGCAUUUGAACAUGAGACAGUGAGGUCCCUCCAUGUGAUUACUUUAUAAUAAAUAAGAGUUAGUAUAAAUGAAUAUAACAAAAUGAAUAUAGUACAUUAUGAAAACAAAGUAAAUGCAAGACUAGCUGCCACUUAAAUACUGUUUUGAAAGCAUAAGGUUGCCAGGUUUGUAAACAAAAAACUUGUUCAAAAUAAACUUGAAACAGCUAUCACUAUCCCAUUAACUCAUUGGCAUACUUUUCUGCGAUUAGAUCCGAGAAUCACCCUCUUAGUAAGGAAAUGGGUUAAGCAUGCUGUUUUUCAUACUGUAUUAGUAGGAAUGUCGUAGAAGAAUUAUAUACACAAUAAAGGUUCCACUUUUGCGAAUUUCAAAUUCUGUUUUGCUAACCAUUGGCAGUAGAUUCAUUACAUAAAAGAAAAGCUCUAAGAGGAAUUGAUGGCCUUUUUCGGAACCUAAAAGACUGUUUUCUCUGAAAUUUUAAUUUUCAAUUCUAUUGCUCUCGGCUCUUGAUAUCACAGUUUGAGAGGAACCUUAUGUUUUGCAGCAUAAUUGCAUAUUUUUUGUUAAAGAAAAAAAACAUUUCAGCAUCAGACUAGUUUUCUUGCUUCAUUUCUGUAGACAAGAUGUUAGGUUUUGGGAGAAUUUAGAAAAGCUAUUGAUAUACAGUCAGGUAUCAAAAAUCCAAGGUAAUUUGGAGCUCACACCACCUAAGUAUUGGACACUUGAACUAUCCGAAAAAUUCUUAGUGAUUAACAUUUUAAGCUAUUUGGACAACAUAAGGAAGAGCAACUUUUACUUCAUUUUGCAAUUGAAAAGAAAGUAUUGGCUUGACGAAAAUUCUUAAAUUGCAACAUAAAUUUUCAUUUUACUUAUCCCUAAACAAUUCCUGAUAAGUUUUUUUUUCAUGAAGUCUAUACGUAUUUAUAUGUAUAAGAGGAAAAAAUACAUUAUAUUGUUCAUAAAGCAUUGUUUUUAUGGGAAAGAAACUAAUGCAAAUUUAAUGCCACUCAAUGACCAAUAAAAUUCAGAUCUGGUUACAAUUUCGAACAUUUACUGAUAUUUAGAACAUUAGUCUAGUUUUUGUUGAUUAAAAAUUCAUUCAGUAGUGAAAAAUCUGCUUCGAUGCACCAAAUUCAAACCCUUGAUUCAUCUCGAUAUUGUCGGCUCCGCUUAAUCGGGUAACGACUAAACGAAUACCCCGCUAAUCGGGUAAUAGAUAAACGAAUACCCCGCUUAUUCGAGUAAAAUCUCCUGGAACCGAAUAUUUCCCCCGAAUAAUCUAAUAGCAUUGAUCAGUUAUCGCAAAUGUUUUUGCUGGGAAAAAUUUUGAAUAAAUUUGAAACAAAUUAAGCUCAAGCAAUUAUUGACAUAAAAAUAUAAAGUAAUGUGUUUCGCUGACAACGAGCGAGAAAAUCAACAUUCAUAUUUCAUCAAAACAUUUACAAUAUUGUAUCAAAUUUCUUAUGUCUUUGCCAUCACAAAAAAAAGGUAACGCAGUCGAUAAUUAAAUUAAAUAACGCAAAGAAAUAAACAUAUUUCAAACAAUUGUAAAUUAAAUUAAAUAAUGCUAAGAUUUAAACACAUUUCAAACAAUUGCAAACCACAAUAGACGAGGUGGAAAAGGAAUUAGAAAUAGGUUCCCAAAAGACAUUGAUUCACUAUUAUGAAACUUUUCUGAAAGAAUGUUUUGAAAAAGAUUCCAAAACAGAUUUUCAUACGUACUUAACAGGGUGCCCAUAUUGGGGGGGGGGGGGGC